AUGCUGCUAACUGCGGGGUCACUGUUGGAAAAAGUCCUUAAAGUCACGCGAGACUCGCUGGCUGAACUUGCUGCUGCAGUCAACUGGUGCUGCAGCAGGCGGCUGCGAGGUGUAGAGCCGAUUACUUUUGUCUGGACAGCUCAGGAGUCAUGCUCUGCAGCAGCAACAGCAGCAGCAGCAGCAGCAGCAGCAGCGACAGCGACUAGCCGCAGCAGCAGCAGCCCGGACACAGCGGCUACUAGCAGCACUAACCAGGAGCAGCAAGAGCAGCAGGAGCAGCAAGAGCAGCAAGAGCAGCAGGAGCAGCAGGAGCAGCAGGAGCAGGAGCAGCAGGAGCAGCAGCACACUGAAGAGGCGGCCGCAGACGACCCACAAUGGCGCUCACGCUGA